UCGUGGCCCAGAUCGGAACCAAAGCUGAGUUGGGUUGGGUUUGAAUAAUGGAUUGGACUCAGCUUGGAAAUAUUCUGGAGAAACUCCUUCCUUCCUGCUUCAUCACCUUCUUCAAUGCAUAAAACCCUAGCCCACAGAACGCAGCGUUUGGAGCUUAGACUGGUCACAUCAACUAUUUCUGCACCUGCAUCACCCAGAGCGUUUAUGGAGGAAGGAGAGAACAUAUUAGGAGCCAUUUAUGAAGACGAUAAGUUAGAAGAUUUUGAAGAUGUUGAGAUGCUUGAUGUAGAAGAGGGAGAGCUUUUGGAGCAUGUUUCAAGCAAACAAAACAAUUUGGAGAAAAGCCAUGGUGGUAAUGCCAAUGUUGGAAACCCGGAAUCACAAAGUAAAAACCGGAGGCGAAGGGCAAUUAAGAAGAAGAAUAAGAAAAAGAAAAGUGGUCUGGGCCCAAAAUUCACUGACAUAAACAGGUUUGUUUCAGAUACGUGUAAGCAUCUGAAGGAGAGGAAAUCAUACAUGGUAUACACUGCUGUAGGUUGCCUAGGGGUUUCUGCACUCGGUGAUUUCAUUAAAGAGGUGGAUGCAAUCCAGGCAUGUGGUGGUCAGAUGACUGCUAAUGGCACACGUGCCAGGACAGGCGGUGGCAUAUUAUGGAGCAUCAUUAAAGCACGAGCACCAAGUGCCUACAAAGAGAUAAUGAAGAAAACAAAGGAAUUUGAGAAGCAAUUCAGGCAACAAAACAGGCAAGCAGUAGAGCAAACCAAAGAAGAUUCCCCCCAAAGAGCAGAUUUUGCUCCUACCAAUGGAAUCUCUCCUAGUAAUUCAGAUGGUUCCAUGAUUGCGCCUCAACAUUGGUAUGAACAGUCAAGUGUUGAAGGUAAUCGCAAAUCAGUUCAUCAAAGGAUCAGGGUACCUGUAUCUUAUGAUGAUGAUCUGCUUGGAGAGGAUCCGAGGACUGAGUCACUGUGAUCCCUAGAAAUAAUUGUCUCCGAUUUUUUUUUUUUAAUUGCAUGGAGAUACAGUUGUGGAUACACCUUUAUUGAGUCGUGAGACAGAAUAUCUCGAAUUCCCUUUUCUUAGAAGAGGGUAUUCAGAGUUGAAAAUAGCUAAUUCUUUGCUAUUGAGGCUUCUGUUAUGCAAUUCUUGAAUAUAUGAUUCUUAUUCUUAUUAUAGUAAUAUAUGGAGAGCCUUUGGUUGA